AAUUAUUGGAUGGGUAGGGUAGCAUUUUUUCGAUCACUAACUCGAAUUUGGCUGCUCUGUUCCACUCCGUGUUCUUUGAUAAUACCGUGUUCUCUCUUGCUUUCGCAAAGCCAGAGAAGCUUUCUUUCUGGGCCAUCAACAUGUCGACCGGACUGACUAUCGGCGGCUGGUUCGCACAAGCCUUCAUCCAAACUCUCGCCGACAAGGCCAGCUCCUACUUCCUCCAGCACUCCUGGCAGAGCUACGAUCUCGCGCACGACCUCAGGCAGCUGAGCUCCUCGCUCAAGAAGGCGCGCGCCGUCCUAUGCCGUGCCGAGCGAAAGGGGACUGCCAAUAUGCACGAUGACUUGGCGACGCUGGCCGCGGAACUCAGAGGCGCGGUCUACGACGCCGAGGACUUGCUCGGCGACCUUGACUACGAAACCCUGAGUCGGAAGAUCGAAGGAGGCGAGGCAGUUGACUCGCCAACCUCCUCUCCGUCUUCUCUUGCAGACAUUUUCAGCCUCGGCAACGGUGAUAUCGAGUUCAUAUUGAGGGAAGUUGGAGACAGGCUGGGUCAAGCUGCUAAAAAACUGGAGGACUUCCUGAACUCAGAGCACGACCAGAUGCUGCCUGUCGAGAGGGAGAGGGAGACGAGUUCCUUCUUGACCGUGCCUAAAGUGUUCGGCAGGGAAGACAAGAAGAAGGCUAUUAUAGAACUGCUGCUGCCUGGAUCCGGCGGCGCCAGUGUCACGCCCCGGGACCCAGCGGAAGCCAGCUUCUCUGUUCUGCCUAUAAUCGGCGCGGUAGGAGUGGGGAAGACUACUUUGGCUCAGUAUGUCUACAACGACCCGAGGGUGAGUGAACACUUUAACCUGAAAAUGUGGGUGUGUGUCUCUCACUCCUUUGAUGUGAAACGGCUGACUAAGCAGAUGAUAGAGUCUGCAACCGGCAAGAUGCAAGAUGAUCUUAGCUUGGACUCUCUUCAAGUGAUCCUGCAGAGGAAGGUGAUGACAAGUAGGAGGUUCCUACUUGUCCUCGAUGAUGUAAGGAGGGAGGAUGACAGUGAGGAAUGGCAGAAGCUUUGUGCCCCGUUAAGGCAGGGGCACCAAGGAAGCAUGAUCUUGGUGACUGCUCGCUCUCGAAGGGUUGCCGACGUAAUGGGCACAAUGGAACCAAUCCAUCUGCAGAGUUUGUCUGAUGAUGAUUGCUGGAAGUUCCUCAAGUCGCGUGCAUUUGGUCCUGAGGCAGUUCCUUCCGAUUUAGAGGCCGUUGGUACUA